GGGGUUACUGGAUAGUGAAAAAAGUCAAAUUUCAUUGAAAAUUUCGAUUUUUCAAUUUUGUUGAAAUUAAACAAUUCAAUAUGUAUAUUAUACAGGGGCACACGUGAAAAUGCAUAAAAAAUUCAUUUUGAACUCAAAAAUUGUGUUUUAUUGACAUAGGGUAAACACGAUUUUUUAUUUUUGAAUAAAAAUUCACUGUAUUUGCAUGAAAAAAAUGCUUAGUUACCAAUUACCUACAUAUCCAUAUUUGAUAUCAAAUAAAAGCUUAUUUCCUGCUGAAUACAUUUUCAAUGCAAAGUUGCUAUUCUAAAAAUAACUAUGUGAUGCUGCAUUAUUGUGAAAUACGUCAUAGUUUUGAUUUUUUUCCUCAUAUCUCCAUUGUCCCUGUGCUAUUUUCUAACAUCGCGCAUGCGCAGAAUGAAGAUUCCUGUCUAAACUGGACGGCAACCAUUGUUUAUUGAUUGUUUGAUAUUUUCGUACCACACUUGCAUCAGUACUCUGUUUCAUUUUAUCAACAUGCCGAAAGGAUUUAUGUUUGGAAAAAGGAAGAGAUAUGCAAAGCCAAGAGGGUGUAAUGCUCACAAAAAACAAAAUUCAAGUGUUGACAUAGACUCACAACCCCUAGAGGGAGAGCUGGACCAAGUUGUUGACACUUUUGAAAAUGAUGAUCAGUCUACUGAAAAUUUCAAUGAUUCAGCCAACAUAUCUGCAACUGAGAGAAAAUUAGGCUACAAAGAAAAUGUUGCGCCACAACCAACUGAUGACCUUCUUUAUUACUUCAUCAGUUCAAAGUUUUUAUCCUCUCUUGUUUCAUCUUUAUGCUGCAUAAACUGUUUAAAAAGCACUCUAUCUUUGACAUCAGAGAGAAAAAGUGGCUUUGCAAAACACUUUGAAGUUUAUUGCAAUCAUUGCAACGUUGUUGUUUGGCAGGAUUGGACAUCACAAAAAGCUGCUAAUGCUUAUUUAUUUGACGUCAACGUAAGAAGUGUUCUUGCUUGUAAAGAGAGUGGUAUUAACUUUGCUAAAUUGUCCUCCUUUUGCUAUGACGAUGAAUCAGCAUUUAGACCAGAAAUUUUUGAAUUUAUCAAAAAAAAAUAAAAAAUAAAGCAGCUCUUGAAGCAGCAGCAAAAAGCAUGAAUAAAGCAGCUGAUAUUGUCAAGACCAAAGUAACUAAACCUUC